UUUCUGUCUCUUGCCUCUUGCCUCUUGCCUCUUGCCUCUUGCCAGUCCGUACCUUCCCGUCUUCCACUCCUUCAGACGCUGGCCACCUGGAACCUGCCGUACCGUACCGUACCCAACUCACCUGACCUCUCAGUCGUUUCCCACCACAGCUGGACUCCUGGACUCCUGGACUCCUGGACUCCUGGAGGCGCACGGAGCUGCCCGCCGUGUCUGGAAGCGAAGAGAAACGCGCAGCACCCACCUUACCUUAGGUACCUGUACCUGUACCUGUACCUGUACCUGACCUUACCUUACCCACCUUACCUAACCGGACCUACCUACUUAUACCGUCCACGCCCACGACCACGACCACGACCACGACCGGCUCGAGUGCGACACCCCACUACCAGAUUCGUGCUGGCACGAACGAGACCAUUCCCUUCCAUUCGAAUUCAUUCUGGACGCAUGCCGCCUCUCCAGGCACAACAGCUUUCGCACUAGAGUCCCUCCUCUUCAGGAGUCUGUCGCUACCUCGCACCUUUUGUACCAUUCACUAAGAUUUCUCGACAUUACUUGACAUCAUCACCGGGCAUCAUCACCAUCAUCAUGACUUCCUCCGUACGGCUGCUGCUGUUUUGUGUCGUGCCGUCCGCUCUGGCUAGCGGAGGUGGCCCUUCCGAGGCGGAGAAGGCGGCGAGCAUCCUCAACAACAAGAUGAUCAAGUACACCGGCUGGACUUGGGCAUGUAUCAUCGCUACUUUGCUCGUUUACCGCUGGACCCUCAGCUUAUUGCAGCAUGUGAGGCAACUGGCAAACCUCAACCAUGGCACUUCAAGCGACGGGCGACAGCGUUACUUCUCGACUCCAGACGAGACGUGGGCCCGAAUCAAGCGACACUUCAUUGUCGCUCCUCUCUUCACCCGUAGGCACAACCGCGAAUUCCGGUUAUCAGCUGCUAUGAACGUCGGUAUUUUACCGGGCCGCAUGCAGUCUUUCUGGUUGCUGGGCUACUUCGCACUCAAUAUUGUCUUCACUGUAUGGAAGAUUGACUGGUCAAAUUCCGAGGCCUUCAUGGACGAGGGCCUCAGUCGUACCGGAGUGCUCGCAGUGCUCAACAUGAUACCGCUCUUUCUGCUUGCAGGGCGUAACAAUCCCAUGGUCUGGCUCAUGGACAUUUCUUUCGACGACUUCAACCUCCUUCACAGGUGGAUUGGCCGCAUCGUGGUGUUCGAGGCUGUUGCUCACGCCGCUUUCUGGUUUGUAAAGAAGGUUCAGACUUUGGGAAUGGAAAAGGCAUCCAUUGCCAUAGGCAAGGCCAUGGCGAGCAGUCAAUUCAUCCUGAGUGGUACGAUUGCUUUUGCUGCAUUCUGCGCCAUUCUCCUCCAGUCCCCAUCCAUCAUCCGCCAUGCAUUUUACGAGACUUUCUUGCACCUGCACAUAGCUCUUGUGAUCACUGCCGUGGCGACGGUUUGGAUCCAUCUCAACGACAGGCCCGCACAGGUCUUGGUGCUUGGGGCACUUAUUUGCUGGAUCUUCGAGCGCUUCGCGAGAGUUUACCUCCUCGUGCGAAACAACCUCAGCCGGAAAGGCUGCACAAAAGCCGAAAUCGAGGCUUUGCCUGGCGAUGCAAUGCGAGUCACACUCCGGGUGGCGAAGUCUUGGAAUUUCAGACCCGGACAGCACAUCUACCUCUACAUGCCAAGCAUCGGUAUGUGGACUAGCCAUCCAUUCUCCGUGGCCUGGAGCGACGAGAGCCACGAUCACGCCACCGAGAAAGCACUGCCGACGUCGAGACAGGACAUGUUUGCGACCAGGACAAGUUCUGUGUCCCUGGUGAUUCGUCGACGCACUGGGUUCACCGAUUCUCUCUACAAGAAAGCUGAGGCUGUUGGGACGGGCCCGCUAGUGACCACCGCAUAUGUUGAGGGGCCAUAUGGGAGCCAGAGCUUCCAAUCGUACGGCACGGUCAUGCUGUUUGCGGCAGGAAUUGGUAUCACCCACCAAGUACCCCACGUCCGCGACCUGGUGGCCGCCUACGCGAAUGGUACUGCCGCGACUCGUAGAGUUGUUCUCGUCUGGGUCAUCCAGUCUCCCGAGCACCUCGAAUGGAUUCGACCAUGGAUGACACAGAUCUUGGCCAUGGAUAAGCGUCGCGAUAUCCUGAAAAUCCUCCUCUUCGUCACUCGACCUCGCAGCACCAAGGAGAUCCAUUCUCCCAGCGCCAGCGUCCAGAUGUACCCUGGAAAACCAGACUGCGCUGCUCUCAUCUCCAAGGAGCAAGAGACGCAGAUUGGUGCCAUGGCCAUUAGCGUCUGUGGCACUGGCGGCAUGAGUGAUGACGUGAGGAAAGGCAUGAGGGAUCGUUGCGAGCAUACCGAGAUCGAUUUCUUCGAAGAAGCCUUUACGUGGUGAUCAGGAUCAUAACGCAAUAGACGGAGGCUCCAGCGCCUGCAACACAUAGAGACGUGAGCCACGACAAUGUCAUUCGAGUGCUAAAUCAAGCGCUCCGCGCAGCGGUUGCGCCUACGAUUCUUGUGUAUUAUUCUCCGAUGGACAUUUCGAGGGGUUUGAGCUACAUGUAGUCAUCAACAGUAGAUCCUCCAGCGGCGCAUCACACCAAGUCGUUUCCCACCUCCCUCUUGAUCUCCAUUGCUUUUCGUUCAUGCCCUGCUUGGUAUUCAGGGAACGUCAUGCAAGCUGCAUGUCUUUACACUUCAACGCAUAUAUAUCAGCAACAUUACAGUCCAGCAAUAUUACAGUCCAGCAAAACUGACUCCCUUUGCCGCGUUCAAGUAGUUUAUUACAGGUAAUGUAUAUACAGGACGCACGUGACAGCGGGAGCUUUGUGACUAAGCCGACUACACUACAUACCGUCGUACCUACCUCCUACCUUACCUUAAGAGCUUGUAGCUGCGAAUAAGAAGAAAGAGCCAUGGGCUUACCAACCGUCCCUCCACAACCACCCUCACCAACCUCCGCCCUACAAUCCCUCCUCUCCAAGCCCACUUUGUCGCAACAAACUUCUUCUUCUUCCCCCACCGAAUCCCA